GCCGGCGCCGCUCGGGCUGCCCGGGCUGCCCAGGGCUCACGGGGCCGCCCCGGCGGGCGGGAAGAGCCGGGGCGGGCGGCGGCGGCGCCAUGGAGGAUGAAAUGCCCAAGACCCUUACGUCCCAACUCACAUCUGGAGAGAAAAGGAGUCUGCAAGCUGUGUGCCCCUUCCCAGUCCAUGCCAGGUCACACUCGGAGGGAAAAGUGGUCUGGAAGGUACGUGGGGAACCUCUCCAGGGACGUGACCGAGGCUCUGAUCCUGCAGCUCUUCAGCCAGAUCGGACCCUGCAAGAACUGCAAGAUGAUCAUGGAUCUGGCAAUGAUCCCUACUGCUUCGUGGAGUUCUACGAGCACCGGCACGCGGCCGCGGCGCUGGCUGCCAUGAACGGCAGGAAGAUAAUGGGUAAGGAGGUGAAAGUGAACUGGGCCACCACCCCCAGCAGCCAGAAGAAAGACACCAGCAACCAUUUCCACGUCUUUGUGGGAGACCUCAGCCCUGAGAUCACAACUGAGGACAUCAAAGCAGCCUUUGCUCCCUUUGGAAGAAUCUCGGAUGCACGGGUGGUCAAGGACAUGGCCACGGGCAAGUCCAAGGGCUACGGCUUCGUCUCCUUCUUCAACAAAUGGGACGCCGAGAACGCCAUCCAGCAGAUGGGGGGCCAGUGGCUGGGGGGCCGGCAGAUCAGGACCAACUGGGCCACCAGGAAACCUCCGGCUCCCAAGAGCACCUAUGAGGCAAACACCAAACAAUUGUCCUACGACGAGGUGGUCACUCAGUCCAGCCCCAGCAACUGCACCGUGUACUGCGGGGGGGUCACCUCGGGCCUCUCAGAGCAGCUGAUGCGCCAGACCUUCUCCCCCUUCGGGCAGAUCAUGGAGAUCCGAGUGUUCCCCGACAAAGGCUACUCCUUCGUCAGGUUCAGUUCCCAUGAGAGCGCUGCCCACGCCAUCGUCUCCGUCAACGGCACCACCAUCGAGGGCCACGUGGUCAAGUGCUACUGGGGCAAGGAGACCCCCGACAUGGCCAGCCCUGUGCAGCAGGUCCCUGACCGUGCCCGUGUGUCCCAGGGCCAGCUGAGCUACCCGCCGGCCUACGGGCAGUGGGGGCAGUGGUACGGCGGUGCCCAGCUGGGCCAGUACGUGCCCAACGGAUGGCAGGUGCCCACCUACGGCGUGUACGGCCAGGCCUGGAGCCAGCAGGGCUUCGGGCAGAGCCAGCCGUCGCCGCCCUGGCUGGCGCCCGGUUUCAGCGUGCAGGGCCAGAACGGCGCCGUGGUGCCCGCCCAGCCCGGCUUCCGCGUGGGCUUCGAGACCCCCUGAGCCCCCCUGAGCGCCGAGAUGGAACCGAGCCCCUCCCUCGUCACCCCAAAACCACCCGGCUGCUGCGUCGCCCCGCCCGCCGCCGCCUUUGCUCUUCUCUUGGUUUUACCGUUGAUUUUUUAUUUGGAAUGUGUUUUUUUGGUUUUUUUAGAAACACAAAAUUGCAGGGACUUGGCUGCCUUAGCUGAGAAUCGGGGCAGGAAUUGCACAAAGUCAUUCUCGGGGGGGUUUUUUUAUUUUUUAUUUUAUUUUUUUGGUUUUUUGGGAUUUUUUUCCCUCAGAAAGAGCUGGAAAAAAAACCACCCCAAAAGAAGCCAAAAGUGUGGGAAUCUGGAGCUGCCUUCAGCCCCACACCUCAGUUUUAAAGGAGCCUCUUGGAGGAGGCUUUUUUGCAAGAGAAAUCCUUCAGUUUACAUCCUUUUUUUGUGUGUUUUUCAGGGUCGGGUUUUUGCCUUAUGCUGGGGAAAAAAAAAAUAAAUAAAAUACAAAAAUUUAAAAAAAAAUAUAAAUAAAUAAAAGGGACUCCAAAGUGCCCAAGUGUCCCCACGUGAGCCAAGAUUCCCACCCUGGGACAGCAAAAUUCCUGUUGCUAAAACGUGACAGAUCCCUCCGGGGCUUGGUUGGGUUUUUUUUUAAUUUUUUACUGAUUUCUACAUUUUCCUGUACUGAUUCUGUAAAAUAUUCAGAGCAAAUUGAAGAAUUUUUGCACAACCUUCGGCCACUUUUGUACGUUUUCCUUAUUUAAAGGUAGGACACGGAGCCUUUUGAUGUGAUUUAUGCCUCAAAUCUUCCUUUUUCUUUUUUUGUCCUUCUUUUUUUGUGGAUAUGAGAUAUCUCUUGGAAUAUAAAGUUUUUAAUCCAUUGUGUAAAAUUCCCUCCGUAGCCCAGGUGUGUUUCACAAGGGAGUGAAGGUGAGAAGAGCUCCCAAACCUCAUCUAUCAGAGGCCAAAAAACGCCCAUUUUUUAUCCUACCUCUCGCCCAGCCUUUAAGAAAAAAACACAAAAAAAUUCACAAAAAUGGAAAAAAUAUGAAAAAGCUUUUUUGUAAAAAAAAAGAAAAAAGGAAAAA